GUUUUUUCAUCGCAAAAAGUAAAACCGGUUCAGUAAAGAAUUCUUAGAGGUCCACCAGAAAACGGAAUGGCAUCAAACAAGUAUAGAUCUCCCCAUCGAUCUUCUCAACACACCUUUUCCCACUACCCCGAUGAGCAGCUGUUGCACUACUACCGCUGGAAGUCGCCUCCGGGCGUGAUGAAGAUCAUGUCCAUCAUCAUCAUCAUCAUGUGCGUGGGCGUGUUCGUCUGCGUGGCGUCCACGCUGGCGUGGGACUACGACAUGGAGGCCAUGGGCAUGGGAGGCCUGGGAAUGGGCGGGAUUGGGAACAUGGGCUACGGCAGCUACGGGAGCGGCUCCUACGGAGGAGGGUACGGAUACGGGGGCAGCAUGUACGGCAGCGGGGUCGGCGGAUACGGCGGAUACGGCGGAUACGGAUACGGUGGAUACGUCGACCCCGUGACCGGCAAGGGCUUCAUCAUCGGCAUCUCGGCCAUCAUCUUCAUAGCCAUGCUGGUCAUCUUCAUCCUGGCGGUGUCGAGGCAGAGCGCCUCCAAGUCCCCCAAGUUCUACUUGGCGUCCAUCAUCAUCACCGUCAUCUUGGCCUUCCUCAUGCUCGUCGCCACCAUCGUGUACCUGGUGGCCAUCAACCCCACAGCCCAGUCCUCGGGCUCCAUGAUGUACAAUAUGAUCUGGCAGCUGUGUGCCCAGUAUCAGAACCAGCCGCAAGCGUCGGGCAUCUUCAUCAACCAGUACAUGUAUCACUACUGUGUGGUGGAACCUCAAGAGGCUGUUGCCAUCGUUUUAGGUUUCCUGGUGGUGGUGGCACUGAUCAUUCUGCUGGUGUUCGCUGCAAAGACCCGCCAGCAGAUCAACCGGUACAGCAGGCACCGUGUGCUCUGGGAGGAACCCAAAACUUUCAACGACGGCUUUUCUCAUGGUGUCGAGAAAUGGGUGACUGAUGUGUCUGGUGAGCCCGAGUCUUUGGUGAAAGACCACAACGACCAGAUUGGCACAUCAUGGAAUCUCAGUCAAACCCCGGAUGUGGAGAAACCACUCUAUCUCCCUGGUAGCUCUGACUUGAACAGCACACUGAGUGAUACGAAGAGUAAACUAAGAGACUUAGACACAGGGACGGAAUCGGCCGACGACCUCGAGGAAACUGACUAUGACACCGAUUUCCCGCGCAUCACUAACGAUGACGAGAGGCUCAGGUACAAGCGGCAGUUCGACAGGGACCACAUGGAGUACAAGCGACUGCAGGCCGAGCUGGACGACAUCAACCUGGGCCUGGCCGAGGUGGACCGAGAGCUGGACUGCUUUGAGGAGGGGAGCCCCCACUUCCAGGAUGCCAUGCAGGUGUACACCCGACUGAAGGAGUUGAAGCAGUCUGCAGAUUACCAAGUGAAGAAGAAGAAGUGUAAGCAGCUCAAAUCCAGACUUUCCUACAUCAAGAAGAGGGUUAACGAGUACGACCAGAGGCCAUGAACGCCUCCUCUCCCGCCAUCCCUGUUUGGACACUGUUUUAGUUCUCUGCUGGUUUCCUUCUGAGCCAAUACAAACAUGAUGAGGGUUUUAUCUUUGCCACUUUUCGUUUGUGUUUUACAAUGCUUUUUUUUGUUUGUUUUUGUUUUGUGUUUUGGUUUUGCCGUGCUGAGCUAGCCAGUGCUGGGGUGGGAUCAAAGUUACGCAGUGUUAUUCUGACAUGUUUGUUAUUCUAAAAUAAGAUGCAGACCCUCCUGUCUAUGGACACUCUUGUUUUGGUUUGCUUGUUUUUGUUCAUGAUCUUUGGAAACAUGUGCUUAUUGGACAUGUAUGCUUAUUCCGUGUUGACAAAGCUGCAAAGAAGCACUCCUUCAUGUCCGGCUCCUAUUUGCAUAUUUCCAAAAGGAAGUGCUGAUCUGAGAACAGUACUCCUUGCCUCAUCCAAAUAUCUGCAUUGAUCCGACUCCGAUAUCAACACACUUUUGAUAAAUGUAUUGUCUCUCAGGCCUAGAGCGGGAACACUGACUGUAGCUUUUGCAGAGUGUAGGAAAUGCCCAUUUACUGCAAUUACUGAGCCUGCCGAGGUCACUUCACUUAGAACCUGACUGCCCUCCAAGGAGCUAGAAGCAGCACUUUAAUACUAGUGAUCAUAAGGCUGGAUCACAAAAGUAUCAACUUUUCCUUGUGGAAUGGGAGUAUGGCUUUUGAGUUUAUGAGAGAAAAUUAAACAUCUUUUUUAAAAAAACUGUGUUACUGAUUCUUUUGAGUAGUAAAAGGUUUUCCUUCAACACAGUUCACUAGUUUUUGAGUGAUCAAGUUUUUAUAUCACCUGUUAUUAUUUUAUUUAAUGCAAACUUGACAUUGCAUUUUUUGGUUCAUAAAUUAAUUUUUCUUGCUCUGCUCUGAAUGCUUAUUUGUAUAUUUACAUGCACAGAUACUCUAAAAAGUCUUAACUGUUAUUAUCGAAAUGAACAAUUUAUUAUAUUUUUUGUUUUUUUAUUUUUAUGAGAGUGUUGAAAGUACG